CAACAUUUGACGACCGCGACGACAAAAGUCAACGACGCGCCAUCUCACCACUUACAGUAUACGCUUCGACGCCUGUCGCACCUCGACACGAGCAGCACGCACUCGCCAUGAGGCUAUCGCUGUUCCUCCUCGCGCUGCUGCCAUCGGCUGUGGCAGUCGGCCGGUCAUCAAAACACGACCGGCCCUGCCUGGCCUCUGGCGACGAGACGGCAAUCAACCAGGCCUUGAGCGCAGGCGGCAAGGGAACAACAGUGUCGCUGUGCCCGGGCUCUGUCCACCGCCUGCAAGCGCCCGUCGUGUUUACGGCCCCGCAGCAGACGCUGAACACGGCCGGGGGGCUCAAAGAGGGGCGCGACCGCGCCAUGCUCGUGGUCGAGGGCAAGGACCAGGCGGUGGCAAUCUUUGCCGACUGUAAGGCAUGCUCGUACGCUACCAUCGACGGCCUCAUUGUCGAUGGGAACCGCCCCCAGCUGCUGCGCGUGCCAAAGGGUGGUGCCCUCAUCGAGAUCGGGAAUGGAGACGGACAGGCGGUUACAAAUUGCAGACUUUACGAGCCGCGAGGCUGGAGCGCUCUCCAUAUCCGCGAGGGAGACAGCCUCAAUUGCCGUAAAGCGUAUAUCGCGAACAACGAGAUUGGCCCAUGUGGUGAGGAGUGGGAUGACGAUUACGACGGCGUCAUUGAACUCGAGCCGAGCUGGGGCAACCCCCGAGCGGAUGGGAUCAGUCUGGCGUGCAGAGAGUCGAUUAUCGAGGGGAAUACCGUGUUCGACACGACCGACGGCGCCAUUGUUUUGUUCGGUUCAGCAGGGUCCGAGGUACGCGACAAUACCGUGUACUCGCGUACUCGUGUGGUUCUGGGAGGUGUCAAUCUCGUCGACUUUGACCCAUGGAAGGGAGACUACAACGAUGUGCAUGUCCAUGACAACCACUUUUACGCAAAGGCAAGGUACUUCAAGGUCGGCAUCGUGGUGGGACCAUCAUCCUGGUCGGAUGACACGGACACUGUUGUCCGAGGUGCCACAGUCACAGACAACAAGUUUCACGGAGCCCACUUUGGUUACGCGAUCGUCGUGUCUUCGGCAACUCAGUUCACAGUCUUGCACAAUACGGUCGACGACGACGCUCAAUUUGCCGGUGUCAAUGGUCCCACGUGUCCGACAGCGCCUGAGAAUGGCAAACCGACCGCGUUCCUCAUCAACCGAGGCUCCGCGCGCGGAACCUUCCAGGAAGACUUUGUCAACGGCGAGGUCCAACACAUUAUUUGUGUCAAUCCGCCGGAUGAGAAUGGGAAGUCGUACACCGCGUGGCGCAUGAGGGACUCUGCCGAGGCUAUUGCAGCCAAGGCCGCCGCCGACGCGGCCGAGCACCCCGAGCUGGCUGUGGGAGCAGACUCUCGCCUCGCCGACGCGCUCGUCGCCUACCAAAUGACACUGUUAUCCGCGAUGAACGGUCUCACGAGCCGCCUCCUCAACGCGACAACGGCGGCGGUGGCAUCUGAAACGGACGAGCGUGACUCGGAGCCAGAAGCCAAACACGUCAACGUCAACAACAAGAAGCCGGCUGGCGAGGCCCGCGCCGCCGCUGCCCGCGUCGUGCCGGCCGCGGUGCGCGAGGCGGUGACAAGGCUCGACAAGCUCGAGCGCGGCGACAAGGCACUGCGGGAAGAGCUGCACCGGUUGAGCAAGGACGUAAUCACCCUCGACUCCAAGGUCCGAGAACGAGCCGAUGCCCACCGACCAUUCCUCCAGCAAGUGUUCAACGCGGUCCGUUCUCACCGAACGCACCUCCAGAAUCAUCGAGCAUCGCACGCUUCCGAUAGAAGCGGAAGAGCCGACCAGGGCAACUCCGUCUUGAAGCAGGUCACAUGCGUCCUAGCCGCCGUCGCCCUGGUAGCGUUCCUCGUCGCCGCCUUCCGUCGUUACCGAAAGGGACGCGCUGGCACCAAGACAAAGGCACGAUGAUGGCAUAGCAUACGCGGUCACUCCCGUGGGCUUUUUUGUAGGAUGCAAAGCGGCUAGAAUUGUGGUACACUAUAGACUGAUUAUGAUGGAUUCGAGUUAAAUGUGACCUGUGAGUCACGAUGCAUCUAUUCUUGUACAGUGUCUUGCGCGUGCAGGACGAUGGCGCAGAUGAGAGCUAUCACUGGAUCAGAGGAGGAGGACACGAAGGAGUCUGGAUACUGUGGGGUGGGUUCGGGUUGGGGGAGGGAAACAAUACAAAGAUUCACCCUGACGGGUGAUGAUGACGAGGUGGCUUGGUCGUGGUGAACGACCCUAUGGGUACACGAGCUGGGUAGGAAGAAUGCACUGCCCGUCCUCGCGCACAAGGAAGAUUGGUGUUGGGUGCUGGAGCCCUCGAGGCUCGGCCGCAGCCAUGACCUCGUUACACCUCACUUCGUUGUGAGCAGCAGGCUGGUCGCCGUAGUACACCGUGUGGGCGGCGGUACCAUCGGAUUUCUUGGAGAAGUUCUUGCCGUAGAAUGUUACAAGGGGCACGUUUGCCAUUGAAGUGUAGUGGUGGUUGUACUUCGCAGGAGCCUCUGCGCUCAUGUUGGGAGGCAGGAAGCGGUGAGCCACAGGGAAGGGCGACAUGGGUGCCGUGGGCUCGGUUGCGUAGGGCGGGACGUAGAACGUGUAAGAGACGGCCUCGGUGCUGACAAUGCUCCAGAUGCAGACGUCUCCGACAUCCAGCGUCCAGUACAGGCGCUCGGCACCAGGGAGAGUGCCAUUGGCGGCCAUGAGGGCGUUGGGCAUGUAAUCGUACGAGCCAGCCUGAGUGAUGUCGACCGACGAAGUACGCUUCUUGUGCAUCGACGGCGGGCGCUGAAGAGGGCCGCGGCUGGUGGAGCCAGUGCGCUGGCGACGAACAGGGCCACCGUCGGUCGAAGGAAGGGCAAUCUCGUUGGAGAGGGGCGAGAAGAGGGCGGAAGAAGACGACUUGCGGCUGUGGUUGCCAAAGUAGUCGGUCGACGAGGCGGACGAGAUGGGGCUGGGUGGGUUCGAAGGGAGACCAACAGUCGCCGUAUGAGGCGUCAUGGGCAGGACACCGAACCUCGUCUGAGGCGUGUUGGGCAUGCUCGAAGGACGCGAACCGCCACCCCUGGUCUGGGUUGGGAGAGGGUUCCAGCGACGCUCGGCGUUGACAAACUGCUCGCGAACAGUCUCCUGGUCGCAUGACAGCCACAAGCCGCCGUAGCUGGGGUCACGGCCGACCUGCUGGCGAGAGUCGUGCUGGUAGACCUCAAAGGCCACCUUUUGGAGCUGAGAGACGGGGUGACCAGGGAGCUCGCCCUCAGGGCAAGCGAUGGCAGCCUCCGUAGACGUGCCGUCCAUGCCCACAACGUCGGAACCCUCCUCACCGCGGCGAAUGACGAGGAUGGGCGAACACCUGCCAGUCUGGAGCGACUGAAGGACAACGGUCGAGUUGUAACGGAUGCUGGGUGCCAAGAGGGUGGAGAUGACGUUGCUGGGAGGGCUGGGCCAGUCGGGGUGAGGAGGGGCAAUGUUGGUGGGUAGCACAGGCUUGGUAGGGUCGACAAGGUAGAUGAUGAACGACUCCCAAACACUCGGGUCAACCGUGAAGCUACCGAAAAUGCUCUCCGACGUGGGAACCUUGGGCGGGACGGAUCCAGUCACGGGGAGACGGUCCGAACCCACGUAGCGCGUCAGGUCGGUGGGAACCGAGAGGUAACGCGUCGACGAUGUUUGAGACUUGACACGGUUAAAGAGUGCAAUGGUUGAGCCAUGCUGGAUAAUGAGCUCAGCCGACUUGCUGUUCGACUUCUUCUUGCUAGGCUUGGAGAUGACCUUGAUCUCCUUGCUCUCAAAGACGCCAAUCGCCUGCUCGUUGCUAAUGUCGGGCAUUGUACCCUUGGCAGGGCCCCAGCCGUGCGGACCGGCGUGGUGGAUCAGGGGUGCCUUGACAGUAACAAUGGCCUUGACUUCGCGGCGCUUGCCAUCAUUGUCCGAAAUGUGGAGGUUCUUGCCUGCAACGUUGCCGAGGAAGGGCUUGUCCUCCUCGGUAAUGGCCUGGGUGUGAAUCUUCUCGUCGAGCGACUUGUUGUCGAGAGUGGUCCACGAGACGUGGGCAUCCUUGACAGUCGCCUCGCCAGAGAGGCUGAUGUUGACACGAGGGGGAAGGAGCGGCGAGACGGGGCAGUCGUCCUUGCUGGGCGUGAACCAAGCCUUGCCGACCAGGGUAGCCUGAGGGUGGGGACACAGGAAGCGCUUCUCGGUUCCGUAGCUCUUCUGGCCAACCUUGGGCGACAUGAUGAUGAUCUUGCGCUCACCAAGGGCGAGACGGUUGGGGGCAGCAAUGUACUGCCUAAGGGCCUGGUUGAUCAAAGCACCACGCUGGGGGUCCGACAGGGUCGAGAGAUCAACGGGCUGCUGGAGAGGGCGAGGCACCGACAUCUGCUGCUGAAGCGCGGUCUGGUGGGCCUGAUGCUGCUGCUGCAGGGUUGGUUGCUGCUGCUCCAUAACUAGUGCACGCUGAAGAGGCAUCGAGAGGUCCUCGAGGCCACCGCUGCCGUUCCACUCGUGCUCGGUUGAGCUAGCCGACAGGGACGACUGACGGCUCUCGAGGAUGAGGUCGCUAAAGCUCUUGGUCGGCUUGAGCAUCUGGUGCGGGAGUUGCGAGGGCGAUAUUGUGCCAGGGUAGUAGUACGGCGGGGCCACCGGUUGGGGCAUUGCGAAGUCGGUAGGGACUGGGCUGUAGAACAUGUUGGGCUGGAAGACGCGGUCGACGUCGGUGCCGGUAGAAAGGUCAAGUCCAUGUGCGCUCGACAGCGACGACGGCGUCGCGUGCUGAGGGUACUGGAAGGACUGACCGGUAGUGUCCAAGGCAAGGGCGGGGCGGGGAGGCUGGGGGAUUGCGAGGGGGAACGCAUGUUGGGGCUGCUGCCCUGCAGUGGCGACAAAGUUAAGGUCGUACUGGGUUAGGCUGGCGAAGUCUGCGGGGUUUCCCGGGUCGAAUCCAAGACCGUUGGUGGUCUCGUCGUUGUUGGAAGGGGGCAUGGUGAACUGGGCAUGGGGGGCAAAGGUGACGGGCCCGCCGCCUGGCUGCUGAGUGUGCCACAUGAUGUCCGCGGAUGAAGGCGGUGGUAGAGAGAAACUGCGAGUCGACGCAGUGGGAAGAAGGCCAGCGGAGCUGUGCCAAAGUGUUGUCGCGCUGCGACGUUGAGAAGAAACCUGCUGUUGCGCUGUGGGUGACGAGGUGGUAUCAGCGGAAGAACCGUACGGCCAGGGGUUGUGGUGGUGGGGCCCAGACAUCGCGACUGGUAGCCGUGCCAGAAUACAGCACGGUUGCCGACGAUGAGAUGUAUGAGAGAUGGGAGGGGGAGAGAGGGGGGGGGUAGAGGGGGCGUUUGUCGUGGAAUGGAUAGACUAGCC